AUGAAGCGCCCUCAUACUGCCCCGAAAAAGGCGUCGCAUAAGGGAAACAAACGCCAAAAGCUUGAUGACUUCCCGAAACCUCUCCCUGCGUCGACGAAAGCGAAGCGCCGAGUGCAACUCAACGAAUUAGGAUGGAAGACUGUGUCUAUGCCCGAUCGGCUGGAAGAUACUGAAGGCUUCUAUGGCCUUGAAGAGAUUGAAGAUGUCGAGAUCGUCAAAGACCCCGUCACCGGAAACCUCACUUUCGAGACUACAAAAACCGAAGAAGAGGUAGCACAAGAUGUGGAAGAAGCGUGGCAGCGGGAAGAAGACGAGUAUAAACGCUUGGAGAAGUUAACCUUCCCUGAGGAUGAGGCGAACAGACAAGAGGAUACUGCACAAGACCCAGCGCAAGACCCAGCGCAAGAAGAGAACGAAGAGAUCGCAUGGGAGGGCUUCAGUGACGAGGAGGAUGCGCAAACGGAGACACCAGCGCAGGCAGCAGAUGCAGACGCUAAGGAUGCAGCAGGCGCAACUACCACGAACGGCGAACCAGAGGUAAAGAAACUUACGAAGACUGAGAAGAAGAAGAGGGCCAAGGAAGCAAAGCUCAAGAAACAAGAAGAGGAAAAGGCCAAGGCAGAAAUACCAACACCAGACGAUGUCGAGGAGGAGAACAACGAGGACGAGGAUGUUGAUGAGGAUGAUGUUGAAGAUCGCGAAGACGGCGAAACCUUCGGGCCCGGCGCGUUCGAUAUUUUGGCGAACCAACCCGACGACGACGAUGACGAGACAGAUGUGCGCGCAUGGAACAAGUUGGACUUAUCCGAAGAGAUGCUAGGCGCAUUAGCAAAGCUGAAAUUCUCGAAGCCUACCGGAAUCCAAGCGUCCACAAUACCCGAGAUCAUGGCUGGAAGGGAUGUCAUUGGCAAAGCUUCGACAGGUUCAGGUAAAACUCUCGCUUUUGGCAUCCCAAUCAUAGAGUCAUGGCUUGCUGCUCGAUCGGCUUCCAAGGGCUCCGAGGGCAAAGCACCCAUCGCACUGAUCAUUGCGCCAACACGAGAACUUGCGCAUCAGAUCAACGCUCACUUGAUCGCCCUCUGCGCGAAGGGUGACUUCGAUCCCCCAUACAUUGCAUCCAUCACGGGUGGUCUGUCCGUACAAAAACAGCGCAGGCAACUGGAAAAGGCAGACAUUGUUGUCGGAACACCAGGACGAUUGUGGGAGGUCAUUAGUGGUGGUCAAGGCCUGCUACCCAAGUUCAAGCAGAUCAAAUUCCUGGUUGUAGAUGAGGCUGAUCGCUUGUUGAGCGAAGGUCACUUCAAAGAGAUGGGAGAGAUCCUUAAAGUCCUGGAGCCUGACGAUGAGCCUAAUGAGGAUGGGGAGGAGGAGGAAGCGCCAGAAUCUCAACGCCAAACUCUCGUCUUUUCCGCAACGUUCGGAAAGGAUUUGCAGCGAAAGCUCGCAGGCAAGGUCAAGUAUAGCGGCGAUCUCAUGAGCCAACAACAGUCUAUGGAGUAUCUGCUCAAGAAGCUCCGAUUCCGCGAGGAGAAGCCCAUGUUCAUCGACGCCAACCCGACUUCGCAAAUGGCCAGCAAACUGCAGGAGGGACUUAUCGAAUGCGCUGGACCUGAGAAGGACCUUUAUCUCUAUUCGCUACUGAUGUUCUACACGAAAAAGCGCGCCCUCGUGUUCACCAACUCAAUCUCAGCAGUGCGUCGCAUAACACCAUUCCUGACCAAUUUGGCUCUACCCGCACUACCGCUACAUUCGAACAUGCCUCAGAAAGCUCGAUUACGCUCGAUCGAACGGUUCAAGGAGCGACCGGGAUCUAUUUUAGUCGCCACAGACGUUGCUGCCCGAGGUCUUGAUAUACCGAAGAUAGACUUGGUCAUACACUACCAUCUGCCUCGCGCUGCCGAUACAUACGUCCAUCGAUCUGGGCGUACCGCACGUGCAGAUGCUUCAGGAGCUAGUAUCUUGAUCUGUGCCCCCGAGGAAGUCGCGGGUGUACGAAGGCUCAUCGCUAAAGUACAUGCGCGUGCCAGCGACGCGCCCAAAUCCAAGAAGACGGCUUUCUUCAUCCGUACCCUGGAUAUCGACCGCCGUAUCGUGUCGCGCUUGAAGCCUCGCGCUACCAUCUCGAAAAAACUAGCUGACACCGUCAUUGCGAAAGAGAAGAAGCACAGCGAAGACGAUGUACUACGACGGGCUGCUGAAGAUUUGGGUGUGGAUUACGACAGUGAAGAGUUCGAGAAGGAAGCACCAGGAAAGAGGGGCCGUGGAAGUGGCCGGAAGAAGAAGGAGAAGGAAGCGAGUGAGAUGACGAAGGCGGAGAUGCAGUCGCUGAGAGCGGAACUCAAGCAUCUGCUGAGUCAAAGGAUCAACACCGGUGUCAGUGCGAGGUAUCUCACGAGCGGUGGUAUUGAUGUUGAUGCUCUUGUGGCUGGAGAGGGCAAUAUGGAAUUUUUGGGCAACCUUGAUGGACUUGGGUUCGACGAAGUUGUUGAAUAG